CACAGCCUCGCGCUCCUUACAGCAAACACCGCGAAUGAAAAACACGCGUGUGAUGCUAAUGUGAGCAUGAUAGCUAGAGAAUAACAACUCGCGUUGUGAUAAAUAUAAUCGGUUUAAUUCGCAAAAUGGUUCGUAAAUUGAAAUUUCACGAGCAGAAACUCUUGAAGAAAGUUGAUUUUAUUAACUGGGAGGUUGACAACAAUUUACACGAGGUUAAAGUGUUGAGAAAAUAUCAUAUUGAUAAGAGGGAAGAUUACACUAAAUACAACAAACUUAGUCGAAAUAUCAGAGAAUUGGCACAGAAAAUACGGGACUUGGACGAAAAGGAUGGUUUCAGAGCUCAAAGCACAGCCCUUUUCUUGGAAAAACUUUAUAGUGUCGGUUUGAUCCCCACUAAACAGAACCUCUCUCUUGCGAAUGAAGUCUGUGCUUCUGCCUUCUGCAGGAGACGACUUCCCACAAUCAUGCUGAAACUGCGUAUGGCUCAGAACCUGAAAACUGCCAUAACCUUCAUCGAGCAAGGCCAUAUUCGUGUUGGGCCUGAGAUUGUCACUGAUCCCGCUUUUCUCGUAACAAGGAGUAUGGAAGACUUUGUCACAUGGGUGGAUUCAUCCAAGAUCAAACAACAUGUCAUGAACUACAAUGAGGAGCGAGAUGACUUUGACCUCAUUGUCUAAAUCUCCAAAUACAAGAAAUUUGGAUUUCAACCAGAAAUGGUCAGUGCAUCAAGAGCAGCUGUUCAUUUGUGAUUCAUCAAAGAACAAAUGUAUAUAUUUAUACCUUGUCGGACAUAAAGUGACCAAUUAUCGUCUUGGACCAUUUUAAGUGAACGCAUAGUGUGACUGUUGUGUAUUUGCCAUUAAUAACUGUAAACAAUUACAAUUAAUUUGUCUGAAUUUACUUUGUUCCUACAAAAGCACCUUUACAUUGUGCAUUCAUAUCACAAAUAAAAGUUAUAUUUGACA